AUGGCAAUGUCAGCUAUUCAUCGAAAUGAAGUUUUCGAGCAAUUUCUCGCGCACAGCCUACACCACCUACAGCAGGACCUAUUCAAUCAAGACGACAGCGUUCUCCAAACCAUCAAGACCCUGUGUAUCUCUGAAAUCUACUCAGGACGUUGCGAUUCGGCCUGGCGAAUUCACGUAGCUGGAGCCGCUGCGAUGGUAGGAGCACGAACCGGCAUUAUCAAGCAAUGGUAUCAGUCAAUGGAAGCUUUGACAGCAUUGACGAGCCGUGGACCACUCAACAACGACGAAAUCCACCCGAUCGUUGUCAAGGAAGCCAUCUUGGAUCUCUACAGCGGCUACACGCCAGACUUGAACGACGUCUUCCGCCAAAUCGGCAAGGGCCACGCUACAGCAGACACAGUCUACGAGAUGAUUCAGCGAGAUCAGAUGGAACUCCGUUUUCCACCCGACGUACAGCUCGACAAGGCUGAAGUUCGACAAUAUGCAGCCUGCAAUACGGCCUACCAACACUGCGCAUUGAUCCACAUCUACCGAAAACUCGAGAACUACGACGCCACUUCCCCAGAGGUCCAAUACUGUGUUCGAACAAUCCUUGACACCGUCUGCGGUAUUCUCCCCAUGAACGCGUUGAGUCCCUGGGCGCUGCUCACGACACCAAUCUUCACAGCAGGAUGUGAAGCCGCUGGUGAUGACCGAGACCUCGUACGAACACUCCUCAAAGACCUUCAUUCUACACUCCGCAUCAAGAACAUACUUCGAGCGCUUGAUAUCCUCGAGCAUCAAUGGUCAAGCAAGCAUGCUGAAAUCGAAAGCCUGGACUUCAUUCCAUAUUGA